UGCCUCCUUUUCAGUUUGGACCGGCUUCUAGACUCCGGCUUGUACACUGGGGAGAUUACAGAGUUUGUGGGGGCGCCCGGUUCGGGGAAGACGCAGAUCUGCCUGGCUAUUGCCGCGCAUACAGCCCUCAUCCUCAAGCAAGAGGUGCUUUACAUCGACUCCUCGGGGGGCUUCUCGGCAUCCCGCUUACUCCAGAUGCUGCAGCGCAUGACGGGGAGUGAAGAAGAGCAGACAGAGGCCCUGCAGCGGAUCCAUGUCAACCGUGUUUUUGAGGCCUACAAAAUGCUGGAUAUUCUGCAGGAUCUUCGGAGCACCCUGGCUCAGCAGGCCAUGAAUGGCUGUGGCUCGGCCAAAGUGCUAGUGGUGGAUUCGGUGUGGGCGCCCCUCUCCCCGCUCCUGGGGGGCCGGUCGCCCGACGGCAUGGCCCUCAUGAGCCACUUGGCUUUGGAACUGAAGACGCUGGCCAAGGAUUUCGGGGUGGCCCUGGUGAUGACCAACGCAGUGACCAGGGACCCGUCCAGCGGCUGUCCGAGGGCAGCCUUGGGCCGCUCCUGGGCCUCUGUGCCCAAUACACGGAUCUUUCUGGAAAAGGGUGGAUUGGGAAAAGGCCAGAGGGAAUGGAGGGCCUCCUUGAUGAAGUCCCCUCGCCAGCCUGUUGGGAUCCAGGUGGAGAUCGAGGAAGACGGCAGAGAAGAACCAUAACAGAAGGACCCUCAUGGCUAAGAAUGCUCCUUAGUUUAUUAUUAUUAU